CGCAGCUGUGGUUUAUCUCUAACCAGCCUAUUUUUAAAUGUCAAAAUAAUUAAUUGAUAAACUGUUUCCUAACAAAAUCAGUUUAUUCGGCGUAGGGAAGCCUUUCCUCCAUUGACAUUAAUUCAGAAAACGUCUUUGGUCUUCUUCCCUGCGUCCAGCCCAUAGACUGUAGGCUACAAAACUGUAUACAUCCAAAGCAGCAGAGGCAACAUUGUUUCGCUUUUUUGGCUAAAUGUUCCAGAGAGUCACGCUUCAUCACAGCUGACCAGAAAUCGUUCAAAGACGGUUUUGUAAGCGUAUUCAACACCCCCGAAAAGUCAUUAUAUGUGUGUCUACUGUUCGUUAUGAAAAAUAUUUUAUGAAAUUCGCUGAGUAUGUGCAAUGGUAUAUUGUAAUGGAAAUUUCAUUCAGUUGUUAUGGUGGAGAACCCUGCAGAAUGAAAGAAGAAGAUGCAGAGGAACAAACAGAUUUGAUGGGAUUGAAGGACGACAAGGAGCAUCAGUUUGAAAAUCAUCAUCAUUUUAAAAAUGAAGAUGAAUAUGCAGUCAUUUCACAGACUGAACAGAAUUUCACACAAGAACAAGCUGGAAAAACUGGAGCCAAAGGAUCUUUCGCAUGCACUCAGUUUGGAAAGGGUUCAUUUAUCAAAGAAGAACCAAAUGUGCACAUGAGCAUUCAACAAACAGAUUUGAUGGGACUGGAGGAAGACAAGAAGCAUCAGUUUGAAAAACCUCAUCAUUUUAAAAAGGAAGAUGGAAAUGCAGUCAUUUCACAGACUGAACAGAAUUUCACACAAAAACAAUCUGAAAGGAUUGGAGCCAAAGGAUCAUUCACAUGCACCCUGUGUGGGAAGAAUUUCGGUCGGAAAUCAAAGUUGAAUAGACACAUGACAGUUCACACUGGAGAGAAGCCGUUUACAUGCACUCAGUGUUGGAAACGUUUCGGUGAGAAAUCAAAGUUGAAUAGACACAUGACAGUUCACACUGAAGAGAAGCCGUUUACAUGCACUCAGUGUGGAAAAAGUUUCCGUCAGAAAUCAAACCAUAACAGACACAUGAGAUAUCACACUGGAGAGAAGCCAUAUACAUGCACUCAGUCUGGAAAGGGUUCCUUUGUCAAAGAAGAACCAAAUGUGCACAUGAGUAUUCAACAGACAGAUUCAGUGGGACUGAAAGAAGACCAGCAACAUCAGUUUGAAAAACCUCAUCAUUUAAAAAAUGAAGAUGGAAAUGCAUUAAUUUCACAGACUGAACCGAAUUUUAAACAAAAACAAGCUGGAAAAACUGGAGCCAAAGGAUCUUUCACAUGCACCCUGUGUGGGAAGAGUUUCAGCCGUCCAUCAAAUCUUAAGAGACACAUGACAGUUCACACUGGAGAGAGACCUUUCACAUGCACUCAGUGUGGAAAGAGUUUUGGUGACAAAUCAGAGUUUAAUGGACACAUGAGAUCUCACACUGGAGAGAGGCCUUAUAAAUGCACAGAGUGUGGAAAAGGUUUCAUACAGAAAUCAAACCGUAACAGACACAUGAAAGUUCACACUGGACUGAAGCCUUAUACUUGCACUCAGUGUGAAAAGGUUUUCUUUGACAAAGAAGAACUAAAUGUGCACAUGAGAAUUCACACUGGAGAACGUCUGUUCACAUGCACUCAGUGUGGAAAGAGUUUCGGUCAGAAAUCAAAGUUUAAGAGACACAUAAGAUAUCACACUGGAGAGAGGCAUUACACAUGCACUCAGUGUGGAAAGAGUUUCUUUGCCAAACAAGAACUUGAUGUGCACAUGAGAAUUCACACUGGAGAAAGACCGUUCACAUGCACUCUGUGUGCACUCAGUUUUAAAUCUAAACACGUCCUGAAAAAACAUCAGCUCUCUCACUCUGGAGUGAGAUCAUUCAGCUGUGAUCAGUGUGAUAAAACUUUUGUGUUUGCAUCUUACUUAAAGGAACAUAUUAAACUUCAUGCAGGUGUAAAGCGUCACUUUUGCACUUUUUGUGAGAAGAGCUUUACACAACCGUACAGUUUACAAGUUCAUCAGAGCAUUCACACUGGUGUGAGACCUCAUGUGUGCUUGGACUGUGGAAAGACCUUUCUUACAUCUAGUGACUUAAAAAAACACCAGAGGAUUCACACUGGAGAGAAACCAUACAAGUGUUCACACUGUGACAAGAGAUUCACUGAUUCAUCAACCCUGAAAACCCAUGAGAGAAUACACACUGGAGAAAAGCCGUACCAGUGCUCUUCAUGUGGGAAGGAUUUCACUCGCUCAUUUACUCUAAUUAAACAUAAGAUAAAGCAUUGCCCACAGUUGUCUAAGUCACAUUCAGAUCCAUCACUGUGAAAAAAUGUAAUCCAAGUUUGAAGAUUUGAGACAUAAAAACCAAUAAAAAUAUUUUUUAAGGUCAUUCUUUUACCUAAAAAUGGUACCAGAUGUUUUUCUGUUUAUAUUUCAAAAGUGAUUCUUCUUAUAUGGACUGAGUAGAUCAAAUUGCAGUGAGUCGUCUCUGGCAAUUCAGCAUUGUUUGAGUAGCAGUUCAAAUAUACGUUUUAAGAUUACACAUGGUCAUACAUUAUAUGUUGACAAGCGGUUUGGUGGAAUUGUAAUAAAAGUUAAAACUGUUGUGUUUUUAAUCAGAUUUUCCAUAUUGAAAUUAUAACAAUAAUUUGUCAGUGCCACAGAUGUUCCUCGAUGUCACUGUUUUAAUUUCAACCUGCUGAUUUGUGAUUCAUGAAAUUAGUCAUUACAGAUCAAUUUUCACGUUUGCAUAUGCUACUAUUUUCUAAACAUAAGUUCAGAAAUAACAGCAUGAAUUAUAUUGCAAACAUUAAAAUAGCUGGAAAUUUGUUUCAAUAAAGUUAUUUAUUCUAGAGGGUCAUUGAUAAAAUUAGUUAAGUU